UUCUUCCAUCACUCUCUUAUUUUGUUUUAGGGGAAAAAGGAGGAGAAAAAAUUUAAAGAUAGAACGCCCUGAAUUGAAUUGAGAGACCUUCCAUUUCCAUUUUCCAUUUUCCAUGGCUAAGCCAACGGUCUAGUUCCACGCUCGCACCAAUCCAGAUUCUCUCUCUUUCUCUCUGCAGCUUUCGCCUCCGGCACCGGCGAUGAUGGCUUUACCGUCGUCGUCGUCGGCCACCAUCUCCCUCCUCACCUGCUCCUCCUCCUCCUCCUCCUCCUCCCGUCCCUCUUCUUUCAGAUCGAAAUUCGAAUUGCCCGCCAAAUCCCAACGGUCUUCUCCCUCACCGAUCAGGUCUCGGGUCGGAGCUCUUGAAUCUCCCCCAAGCUCCAUUGACCAUGCUGCUUCUUCAGGUAAGCGCGCUUCCGCGUGUGGCCUGUGCUUCCUAAUCGAUGUUGUAAAUCCAAUUGAUUGCCGUCUUUCCGUUGCAGCUGGAAACCGCGUUUCGAGGAGGAGGAAGCUCAUAUGUGUAGCCACACUGCCGUUUCUCCUUCAGUUGCGCGGUUACUUGGACGGAAUCGUCGCCGCCGACGCCGCCGAGUUAGAUAUGGUCGAAUACACAAUGAUAAAGGAAGAGGUCAGAAAGGUAGUUUCCAAGGCGAAGGCCGCUGGUGUGCUUCGUUUGGUAUUUCAUGAUGCUGGAACCUUUGAAAUGGGUGAAAAAUCAGGUGGUAUGAAUGGUUCCAUAGUUUAUGAACUUGAAAGGCCUGAAAAUGCUGGGCUAAAAAAGCCUGUGAAGAUCCUAGAGAAAGCAAAGAGUGAGGUGGAUGCAAAGAGACCAGUAUCCUGGGCGGACAUGAUAACUGUGGCCGGAGCUGAAGCAGUUUCUGUUUGUGGGGGUCCCACUAUUCCUGUUGUUCUGGGCAGACUUGACACAAUGAAACCUGAUCCUGAAGGAAGACUUCCCGAAGAAACUCUUGAUGCUUUAGGUUUAAAGCAGUGUUUUCAGAGGAAGGGCUUAUCGACACAGGAACUUGUUGUAUUAUCUGGAGCCCAUACCCUUGGCAGUAAAGGUUUUGGGAAUCCGGUUGUUUUUGACAAUUCAUACUAUAAGGUUCUUCUAGAGAAACCCUGGAUGUCUUCAGCUGGUAUGUCAAGUAUGAUUGGACUUCCUUCUGAUCGUGCACUUGUUGAGGAUGAUGAAUGCUUAAGAUGGAUCGAGCAAUAUGCAAAUGAUCAGAACUUGUUCUUCAAAGAUUUCAAGAACGCUUAUGUCAAGUUAGUAAAUUCUGGUGCUAGGUGGAGAAGCUUGUGAAAAUUUUCGAUCGCAUGGCGGCAAAAUUUCGCUGUUUUUGCAUUGCACACUGUUGGAGUUCAAUCCUACAGCUAUGGGCGCAUGUGGAGUUGUUUUCAUACCUCCCAAAGUCACAUCAGAGGAUGAAAGUUCCGUUGUUUGGAAAGCGCAAAAGAUCUUGUAAUCAGCAAAUUUAUCCCACCGGAGGCCGUUUAAAAUGAAAAAUGGGCCAAGCAUACAUACAACUGGAAAACUGUGCCACCACAUCCCAUUGACAUGGUACGUCAGAAGCCUUAUUUUAUGGUUUGAAUGUUUGUAGUUAUGUUGGGCUCGAUUUUUGUUGGCCACACUACUCGAUAUAGGUUUGCUCAUAGUUUACGGAGAUGAACAGUGACAAAGAAAUGAUCAGAAGAUGUAGACACGAGUGCAUGUUUCUCUUCAGUUAUUAUUGCCACCUACAGCUUUUGAUUGAUAA